GCUUCAUCUCACCGUCACGUUUUGGCUUCAUAUCACACCGCAGCAUCCCAAAAUAUGUCCACAAUUCACAUAUUGCGUCAUGGACAAGCACUCCACAACGUCCAGAGGGGCUAUCCACACCGAGAUCCCCCAUUAACAGAGCUUGGGAUACAGCAGGCAACGGACGUGCAGCCGCCAACAACACCCGAUCUCAUCCUCAUAUCCCCCAUGACGCGAACUAUCCAGACGGCCCUUCUCGUUUUCCCCCACCUUCUCUCCACUUCUCCUGCCGAGGUCGAGGUUCAGAUCUGGCCCGACCUGCGCGAAGGAUACGACGCGAUCUGCAACAAGGGUGUCGCGCGGGCAGACAUUGCCGCCAAGUUUCCCCAAUUCGAUUUUUCGGCCUGUUCCGAAGAAUGGGACUAUCCUCCACACAGCCCGGAAGAUGCAACAGCACGUGCCGAGAGGGUUCGUCAACGCCUCCAAGUUCUCUCCAAGUCAUACAAGAACAUUUUCUUGGUCACGCAUCGCGGUUUCAUUGCGUUCCUUGUCCAAGGUGACAGAUUUGAUGUUUGCGAAUGUCGCUCUUACAAGUUUGCCACUGAGGAUGAAGUGGGCGAGAAAAGGUACGGUGUCAAUUGUGACACGGGUGCCCAACAGGAUUUCGGGCCCAGUCCAUUACUCUCACAACCUCUCACACUUGUAAGUGAAGAGGAAAAGUGAAACCGUCCAGCGAUCUAGAGCUCGCGCGAU